GUGAGCUGCCUUGGUGGAGGUUUGCGCUCUGGGAGUGCUUCUUGUUUAAAAUUGCUUCAUCUGUCACCCUCUUCCUGUAACCACUUCAUGGCUCUUGUUUCAGGGGCUCAGAAGUAUCUUUGUCACUGGUUUAGCAAAACUGUGCACCUACCCUUGGUACGAAUAAGAAUAAGAAAACUCUUCAGCCUCUUUUCUCUUUCUGUGCUGUGAGCACAUACUGGGAAGAAGCAGUGAAAGCAUUUUCUGCCACCAACAGAAAGCACCGAGCACGUCUGGACAUGCUUUUCUGUGAGCACAGUAUGGAAUUAAGCAUGUAUACAUAAAACAGUCUGACUGAUAGCGUGCUGAAUGACUUGAUGUUUGGUGUUUGAAUCAUACACUUAUUGAAGAAACUACGAUGUGAAAAACAUUCAGUUCUUGUGUAGGAGAAGAAAAACCUAUAUGCUAAUCCAAGCUGGUUUCUUUCUUUUUUAAUCCAAGCUGUACAAUAACAAAUGAUGAAGACUGCAGUACUACACAUGGCAGAGCUAAUCAAACUAACUGAUACACAGUAAAUGCUCCUCGAGCUCUGUCUCUGUUUAUGCUUCCUCCUGCCAUUGGAUCGGCUCCAACGCCCCUUCCUUACUCACAGAACAUGUAUGUGCAGCAGGAGACAAAAGCCUCUCGUCACAUAGGUUUGUGUAAUCGCUGAGAGAAGAGAGGAACGUUGCAGACAUGGGGUACUUCUUCUUCUUGUCCGCAGAGACGUGGACCCUGCUGGCUGCCCUCGUCACGCUGCUGUUUGUGUAUUCCUGCUGGACAUAUGGGACAUUUAAGAUAUUAGGCGUACCUGGGCCCUCACCUAUCCCAUUUUUUGGCACCAUGUUGGCAUAUAGAAAGGGAUUUUUUAACUUUGAUGAAGAGUGUCAUAAGAAAUAUGGGAAAAUGUGGGGCAUUUUUGAUGGCCGUCAGCCCGUGUUGUGUAUCACUGAUCCUGCUAUGAUAAAAACUAUCCUGAUAAAGGAGUGUUACUCUUUCUUCACAAACCGCAGGAAUUUCCGUCUGAAUGGGCCGCUGUACGAUGCUGUGACAGUUGCAGAGGAUGAUCAGUGGAGGAGGAUCCGCAGCGUCCUUUCUCCCUCCUUCACCUCUGGGAGAUUGAAAGAGAUGUUUGACAUCAUGAAGCAGCAUUCAGCCGUCCUGAUCAGCAGCAUGAAAAAGAAAGCAGAUAAAGAUGAACCUCUAGAGCUGAAAGAGUUUUUCGGACCCUACAGUAUGGAUGUGGUAACCAGCACCGCCUUCAGUGUGGACAUCGACUCUCUCAACAACCCCUCAGAUCCUUUUGUCACAAACAUCAAAAAGAUGCUGAAAUUUGACCUUUUCAGCCCCAUCGUCCUCACUAUUGCCUUCUUUCCCUUCAUGAUUCCCAUAUUGGAAAAAUUGGAGUUUUCCUUUUUCCCUGCAUCUGUGACAGACUUCUUUUACGCUGCACUACAGAAGAUCAAGAUUGAUCGAGAGACCAGCAAACAAAAGACUCGAGUGGACUUCCUUCAGCUAAUGAUCGACUCUCAGCAAAAUAAUAAUUCCAAACAGGAUAAAGGUCUGACAGAUCAUGAGAUCCUUUCCCAAGCGAUGACUUUCCUCUUUGCUGGCUACGAAACGACCAGCAGCUCUCUCACUUUCUUGUCUUACAAUUUGGCAACAAACCCUCAGGUGAUGAAAAAGCUGCAGGAGGAGGUGGAUGCAACCUUCCCUAACAAGGCUCCCAUCCAGUACCAGGAACUAAUGCAGAUGGAGUAUCUCGACUGUGUCAUCAAUGAGUCUCUCCGAUUGUUCCCCAUUGCUUCACGUUUGGAGCGUGUGGCCAAGGCCAGUGUGGAGAUAAAUGGCUUUGUGAUUCCAAAAGGUAUGGUUGUCAUGGUACCCACCUGGCCGAUGCACCGGGACCCCGAGAUUUGGCCUGAACCAGAGAAAUUCAAACCUGAGAGGUUCAGCAAGGAAAACAAGGAGACAAUUGAUCCGUACAGCUACAUGCCUUUUGGAGCAGGCCCGAGGAACUGCAUUGGGAUGCGAUUUGCUCUGGUUGUGAUGAAACUUGCAAUAGUGGAGAUCCUCCAGAGGUACAGCUUCUCUGUGUGUAAGGAGACCGAGAUCCCCAUUGAACUGGACAUCCAGGGUCUGCUACAACCAAAACGACCAAUCAAACUGAAGCUGGUGCCACGUUCUUAAGCCUCCUCGUCUAAGAAGCGGACUUUUCUUCAUUUUAAUCUUGAUGUUUCUUGUGUACAUAAACACCAUGUCAGUUUUUGUACUACCUUAUUUUGUCUGCAGGUGCACUAAACACUCUAUUUAAUUUCUUUUUUGAAUUUUCUGGCAAUUAUUUCAUGGUUUAGGCUUUAAAGCGUUAACAUAGAUCCAGUAAAGACAAAAACGUAGCAGUCAGGCAUUUGGCCCUUGUGGACGGUCAUUGUUUAGUAUGGGCAAAGAGUUUAUGACAACGUAUUGUAAAGAAUAAUCAACAAUUUCUAUUUUUGUCUAAAGCAUGUAUCAAUUCAAUUCACUUCAAUUCAAUUCAGUUUUAGUUAUAUAUCACCAAAUUACAACAACAAUCAGGGGAAAAU